AUGAGCAAUUCGAAGAUAUCGCCCCCCUUCGGCUCGUUCGCCGCGGUGGCUUCGGUAUCCCCGCGAAGGCACCUACAAAGCGGCGUACGCUGGAGGGUACACGACUAUGAUGUAUGGUCGGGCGGCCCCGGGCGCUCUAGAUAUCGCGGAGAGAUAAACGCAUACGAUUACGCGGCGGCUCCACAGGUGGCGUAUAACAUUUUUCAGCCCCGCACGGACGGCCCGCUCACGACCGGUCGAGGCGUGCCCGGCUUAAUUUCAGGCCAUUCGUUCGACGAUUUCAGUGGUCCGUUUAUAUCGACGAUAUCGACGGGAAAUCGAGGUCGCGCACCGGAUAAUUACUGGAGGGUAAACAUCCCGUGGCGUGAUAUGCAGAUUUUCACCCGUCCGCUUUUUGCUUUUCUAAGCCCCGCUCAGUUGUCUCUUCGCGGGAAGAUUGAGGGCUUCCGUCAAGAGGAAAUUGUGGCGGCCGAGGGGAGAGAGCUGAGCGCC